AGAGCUUCCGGUUGACAGGAAGACAAAAGCCUGUUGUGGCUGUUUUCAGGUUCUGGAGUAAUCGGUGUAACGGCUGCUGAGCACAAACGAAUUCAACAUGCCUCGAGUUUACAUCGGCCGGCUGAGCUAUCAUGUCCGCGAUAAAGACAUCCAGAGGUUUUUCGGUGGCUACGGGAAGCUGCUGGAGGUGGAUCUGAAAAACGGGUAUGGCUUUGUUGAGUUUGAGGACACCCGUGAUGCUGAUGACGCCGUCUACGAGCUGAACGGUAAAGAGCUGUGUGGAGAGAGGGUCAUGGUGGAGCACGCCAGGGGUCCGCGCCGGGACCGUGACAGCUAUGGAGGAGGGGGUUAUCAUGGCGGCGGCGGCGGUGGUGGUGGUGGAGGAGGAGGAGGUGGUGGUGGAGGAGGAGGAGGAGGAGGAGGAGGACGCAGUGGUUACAGCAGCAGAAGUCGCCCCGGAAGGGAUAAGUAUGGCCCUCCUGUUCGCACUGAGUACCGCCUCAUUGUGGAGAAUCUGUCUAGCCGUUGCAGUUGGCAAGACCUCAAGGAUUUCAUGCGACAGGCAGGUGAGGUGACCUAUGCAGAUGCCCAUAAGGAACGUGCCAAUGAGGGCGUGAUUGAGUUCCGCUCCUACUCUGACUUGCGGAGAGCUGUGGAGAAACUGGAUGGAACAGACAUCAAUGGCAGGAAGAUUCGUCUGGUUGAAGAGAAGCCGCGACGUCGUCGCUCCUCCUCUGGCAGCCGCUCUCGUUCUCGUAGCCGGCGUCGUUCCCGUAGUAGGAGUCGCCGUAGCAGCCGUUCUCGGAGCAACUCAAGAUCUCGCUCAAGGUCUCGCUCUCGCAGACACCGCUCCCGUUCCAGGUCAGGACACGGGUCUCGCUCCAAAUCGCCAUCGAGCAAGCCUCGCUCGCGCAACCGUAAAUCCCGUUCUCGCUCCCGUACACACAAAUCUCACAGUCGAUCAACCAGUCGCAAGUCUCGCUCCCGCUCGGAUGAGCGCAAGUCCCGCUCUAAGAGCACAUCUAAAGUGAAGUCGGAUCGUGGACGCUCCAAGGAGAAGUCGAUCAGCAAGAAAUCCAGAAGUAGAUCUGCUUCACCGAUGGAGAAUGGCGAUGGGGGUCGUGCCAAGUCUGCUUCUCGCUCUCCAUCACCUCAGGCUGAAAAGAGCCAAAUCAAGUCUCCAGACAGGCAUUCACGCUCUCGCUCAAAGUCUGGCUCACGUUCUAAAUCCAGGUCCCGUUCCAGAUCUGCCUCCCAAGAAUAGUAUUAAGUGCAGCCUGAAUGGUUUCCCCCCACCCCAUCUCCUUAAGAGACCGGUUGGCACGGAUAAUUUUCUAAUGUUCAUGAUAGGAUCCAGAUCCAAGGUGUUUCAUUUUUUUUAUUUUACCUAUCUUCUAUAGUAAAAGAGAAUCACAGCUUCAGUAUUUUACAUACAUAACAAUAGCAUGAAAAUAAGUGAUUUAAUUUAGUGUGCUGCAUGUCAGUCCUUUUUAUAAACCAUGAUCCUCUGUGCCGAGUGGCUGGGAAAGGACUCUCGGCAAGGAAACGAAAGGCCACUGCAUCUUGUGGCUUAAACUAUUAUCUGAAAACUCUAGACUUGCAUUUGUUCAUGUAAUAGUUCAUUGAAAACUUUCUGAUUUUGUUUUAUUAAAAUCCGUUCUACUUA